AUGGUUGUAUCUAUUUGUUGUAUUUCAUUGAUAAUACUUAUUCGCGUAACUUGGUUAGUUGAUUUGUCGUGCUCAUUAAUGAGAACUCAGUAUGAACAUCAAGAAGAUAUUGCUCUUGCUCGUGGUACAGCUUUAGCAGAAAGUACUACAAUGACGUUAGUAAUACGAAAUAGAAAAAUAGUAUUAUCAAACGUAACUAUUAGAUAUGGCUGA